AUGAGCAGUUGGAAGAGUCUUCUUCUUCGAAUUGGCGAGAAAUCUCCCGACUAUGGCACCUCCUCCGACCCCAAAGAACACAUUGAAACUUGCUUUGGCGUGCUUCGUCGAGAACUGGAACACUCUCCCAACGAAGUUUCGCAAUUCCUUCUUCAGUGUGCCGAACAAUUACCUCACAAAACUUCUCUUUAUGGGACAGUGAUUGGCUUGUUAAACUUGGAGAAUGAGGAAUUUGUUAGGAAAGUAGUGGAGAACACUCAAAGUAAUUUUCAGGAUGCCUUAGAUUCUGGAAAUUGCAACAGGAUUCGUCUUUUGAUGAGGUUCCUGACUGUUAUGAUGUGCAGUAAAGUUAUCCAUCCCAGUUCUCUGGUGGUUGUCUUUGAGACAUUAUUAUCAUCAGCUGCAACAACAGUUGAUGAGGAGAAAGGGAAUCCCUCCUGGCAAUCGAGAGCUGACUUUUAUGUAACAUGUAUUUUAUCAUGUCUCCCUUGGGGAGGAGCAGAACUCAUUGAGCAAGUCCCUGAGGAAAUUGAGAGAGUUAUGGUCGGUGUUGAAGCUUAUUUGAGCAUAAGAAAGCGUGUUUCUGACACCGGGUUGUCUGCUUUUGAGGAUGAUGAUGAGAAUGUGAGAGAACCCAAUGAUAAGGAUUUCUUGGAAGAUUUGUGGGGCCGAAUACAAGUUUUAUCUAGCAAUGGAUGGAAACUUGAUAGUGUUCCGAGACCUCACCUUUCAUUUGAAGCACAGCUAGUUGCUGGAAAGUCUCAUGAGUUUGGACCCAUCAGCUGUCCUGACCAACCUGAUCCGCCUUCAACAAUUUCUAGUAUAACGUGUGGUAAACAAAAGCAUGAUGCAGAGUUAAUGUAUCCUCAAAGGAUACGAAGGCUGAAUAUAUUUCCUGCAAGUAAAACUGAGGACCUGCAACCCAUGGAUCGCUUCAUUGUGGAAGAGUAUCUGCUAGAUGUCCUUUUUUUUUUAAAUGGCUGUCGAAAGGAAUGCGCUUCAUACAUGGCUGGCCUACCUGUACCCUUUCGAUACGAGUAUCUUAUGGCAGAGACAAUUUUCUGUCAGUUACUCAUGCUACCGCAACCCCCUUUCAGGCCAACAUAUUACACACUAGUUAUUAUCGACCUCUGUAAGGCUCUUCCUGGAGCCUUUCCUGCAGUAGUUGCUGGUGCUGUACGAGCUCUUUUCGAGAAAAUAGCUGAUUUAGAUAUGGAAUGUCGAACGCGGCUCAUCCUUUGGUUUUCACACCACUUGUCAAACUUUCAGUUCAUCUGGCCAUGGGAAGAGUGGGCUUAUGUCUUAGACCUGCCAAAAUGGGCCCCACAACGUGUAUUUGUUCAGGAGGUUCUGGAGAGAGAAGUUCGUUUAUCCUACUGGGACAAAGUGAAGCAGAGCAUUGAGAAUGCCCCUGGCUUAGAAGAGUUGCUUCCUCCCAAGGGGGCACCAAAUUUCAAAUUCAGUGUUGAAGAAACCAGUGAAGGAAAUGGACAACAUGCACUUUCUGUCGACCUCAGAACCAUGGUAAAAGGGAGGGCAUCUGCCCGUGAAAUGAUUGUAUGGAUAGAGGAAAGUGUGUUUCCUGUUCAUGGGAUGGAAGGUACCCUCAAUGUGGUUGUGCAAACUCUUCUCGACAUUGGAUCAAAAAGUUUCACUCAUUUGAUUACCGUAUUGGAGAGAUAUGGUCAAGUCAUUGCAAAACUAUGUGGUGACCAGGAUAAGCAGGUCAUGCUGAUAACCGAGAUUGAUUCUUAUUGGAGGAACAAUUCUCAAAUGAGUGCUGUUGCAAUAGAUAGGAUGAUGGGCUACCGACUUUUAUCUAAUCUGGCCAUUGUCAGAUGGGUCUUUUCUCCAGCAAACAUUGAGCAGUUUCAUCUAUCAGAUCGUCCAUGGGAGAUUUUAAGAAACACAGUUAGCAAGACAUAUAACCGUGUAUGUGAUCUAAGGAAGGAGAUUUUGUCUCUGAAAAAGAGUGUUGUAUCAGCUGAAGAAGCUGCAGCAACGGCAAAAGCAGAGUUAGUGGCUGCUGAAUCAAAGCUUUCACUUAUGGAUGGUGAACCUGUUCUUGGGGAAAAUCCUGUGAGGCUGAAGCGCUUGAAAUCGUAUGCUGAAAAGGCAAAGGAGGAGGAGUUGUCUGUACGUGAAUCUUUAGAGGUUAAGGAGGCUCUUCUAGCUCGAGCCCUUGAUGAAUUUGAGGCAUUGUUCCUCUCCUUGUACAAAAAUUUCCUGAAUGUGUUGACAGAACGCCUGCCAAGUGCAUCCAAAUGUGUUACAUUGCAGGGAUUGAAAUCAAUUCAUGCAGAUUCUAUGGUAGUCGACGUUGAAGAAUCGUCGGCAAUGGAGGUAGACGAUGAGAAUGGAAGACCUAAGAAAAGCCAAUUGAAUGGUGGGAGGAUGAGUAGUGUAUAUAAUGUAGGUGAAAAAGAGCAGUGGUGUCUAUCGACUUUAGGCUACCUGAAGGCCUUCUCGAGGCAAUAUGCUUCUGAGAUUUGGCCUCACAUGGAGAAGUUGGACGCGGAGGUUCUAACAGAAGAUGUGCAUCCUCUUAUUCGGAAAGCGGUUUAUUGUGGCCUUCGUCGACCAGUUGAUGGGUUGUGA